AUGACACUUCACGACGUAAUGGAUCGGGAAACCAUGCCUCGCAAGCUCUGGGAGCAUCCCAACCCCAAGGAGACGGAAAUGUGGCAGUUUAUGCAAGACUGCAACGGCCGCUUCGGCUUAAACAUGCAGAGCUUUGAGGAACUAUACGCCUGGUCCUGCGCCAAGCGUGCCGACUUUUGGGGCGCCGUCUGGGACUCGCAGCGCACCAUCCACGAGGGCACCUAUACGCGCGUCGUGGACGAGGCCGUCCCCAUCGACGGCCUGCCGCGCUGGUUCGACGGCGUGCGGCUCAACUUUGCAGAGAACUACCUCUACAAGCGCAGCGGCGAGCACGGCCCGGGAACGCGCGGCACCUUGGAUAAAGAUGACGACAAGAUCGCGCUGACCGAGGUGCGCGAGGGUGGCGGCGAGGCCCGCGACGUGACGUGGCGCCAGCUUCGGCACGAUGCGGGACGCCUGGCAGCGGCCAUGGAGGCGCGCGGCGUGCGCAAGGGGGAUCGCAUCGUGGCCGUGGGUGCGAAUUCGUACACGACGUUGCUCGUCUUCCUGGCGGCGACGUGGCUCGGCGGGCUGUUUAGCAGCAGCUCGACCGACAUGGGCAUCAAUGGCCUGCUGCAGCGGACGACCCAGAUCAACCCCAAGUUUGUCUUUUUCGACGAUGGCGCCCUGUACAACGGACACAUCAUCGACCUCCGCGACAAGAUGGCCGGCAUGCUGCAGGGCCUCGUCGCCGAGUGCAGCGCCUUCGAGUCCAUGGUUGCCAUUCCGCGCUUCGCCGGCAGGCCCUACGACACCUCGAAUCUCGCCCGCGUCGAGCGCUGGGAGUCGUUCCUCGCGGCCGGCGCCUCGGCCGCCUUCCCGCCCGAGUUUGUGCGCGUCGGCUUCCAGGACCCCAUGGUGGUGUACUACUCGUCGGGCACGACGGGCGCGCCCAAGGCCAUUGUGCACGGCGUCGGGCCGAUGCUGCUCGCGGGCCACAAGGAGGGCUUCCUGCACCGCCGCAUGGCGCCCGACGACGUCAUGCUGCAGUAUACGACGACGGGCUGGAUCAUGUACAUGGCGGGCGUCGGCGCGCUGAUUGGCGGCGCCAAGUCGAUCCUGUACGACGGUAGCCCGCUCAAGCCCGACGUCGGCGUGCUCGUGCGGCUCGUGGCGAGAUACAAGGCUACGAUUCUCGGCGUGAGCCCCCGGUGGAUGGCGGAGCUCAUGAAGAACGGUCUGGCGCCGCGCGACAUGGCCGACGUCUCGACGCUCAAGAUUGUGACGUGCACGGGCAUGGUGCUCCCGGAGCAGACGUUUGACUGGUUCUACGAUGUUGGCUUCCACAAGCACACCCAGCUGGCCAACAUAAGCGGCGGUACUGAUAUUGCUGGCUGCUUUGUCAUGGAGAACCCGCUGAACCCUCUGUACCGCGGCGGAUGCAUGGGCGGCUCCCUCGGCGUCCCGAUUGCCGUCUACGACCACGACAUGGACGACGGCAGCGACGGCCGGCCCGUCGCCCCGGGCACCUCGGGCGACCUCGUCGCCACGGCCGCGUUCCCCAACACGCCACUCUACCUCUGGAAUGACGGCGCCACGGCUGCAGCCCCGGGACCCAAGUACAAGGCCGCCUACUACGAGCGCUUCAACCACGUCUGGGCGCAGGGCGACUUCUGCCAGGUCCACCCCGCGACGGGCGCCGUGUUGAUGCAGGGCCGCUCCGACGGCGUGCUGAACCCGAGCGGGAUCCGCUUCGGGAGCGCCGACAUCUACGCCGUGCUGGAGAAGCACUUUGCCGCGCACGUCGCCGACAGCAUCUGCGUCGGGCAGCGCCGGCCGGCGGACAUGGACGAGCAGGUGCUGCUCUUCGUGCUGAUGAAGACGCCUGGGUCGCUGAGCAAGGUGCUCGUCAAGGAGAUGCGCGAUACGAUUGCAAAGGCGCUGACGAAGCGGCAUGUGCCCAAGUACAUCUUUGAGAUUCCCGAGAUUCCGACGACUGUCAAUGGGAAAAAGGUAGAGCUGCCGGUCAAGAAAAUCAUCUGCGGAAAGACAGUGAAGCCGAGCGGCACGCUGCUGAACCCAGAAAGUCUCGACUAUUUUUACCGGUUCCAGAGGAUUGAAGACUUGACGGAGCCGCAGGCCAAGCUGUAG